AGGGCAUCUGAUAUGAUUUCUCCUUGAUUUCGUAGUUGGAUCUAUUCUCACUAUACUAAUCUUCGAUCAGUUAAUUCUUUGGUAGUUUCUUUGUUUUUCUUUCAAAUGGUUGGAACAAUGGAAGAGUUCAGUUUUGUCUCCGUAGAUUCAACAAGGGCGAAGAAAAGAAAACCCGAAUCUCAAGUUGUCUCUAUUCUGAAUCAUCUGUUUGUAAAUACUCAAUACUUUAAAAGCGUCGAUACUGGUCGAGAAUAUACGAAUUCAGACACAAGUAGCUUAAAUUUUGCAAAAGUUGGAAAUUUUACUUCAAGAUCUCCUUUGAUCAAAUCUGGUCCAAGAGUUGGAUUAGACAUUGGUCAUCUUCUCAAAUCAGCAUUAGCAGGAGGAAUCUCAUGCGCUUUCUCUGCCUUCCUAAUGCAUCCUGUCGACACUGUCAAGACACAAGUUCAAGCGUCAACAACACUUUCAUUUAUCGAAAUAAUGUCAAAGAUUCCAGAGAUUGGUGCUCGUGGUUUAUACAAGGGAUCUAUUCCCGCUGUUGUUGGUCAAUUCGCAAGCCAUGGUUUACGAACAAGUAUAUAUGAAGCAAGUAGACUCGCUUUACCGUUCCUUGCUCCUGGUCUCCACGACAUCCAAGUUCAGCCAAUCGCGUCGUUUCUUGGCACGGUUUUGGGGACAACACUACGGAUACCGUGUGAGGUGCUGAAACAGCGGUUACAAGCCAAUCAGUUUGAUAACAUUUUGGAAGCUACAGUUUCUACUUGGGGACAAGAUGGUCUUAAAGGUCUCUUUCGUGGCACUGGUGUCACUCUUCUACGCGAGGUUCCCUUUUACGUUGCUGGUAUGGGUCUUUACAGCCAAUCAAAGAAGCUGGUGGAGAGACGAGUAGGGAGAGUGCUUGAGCCGUGGGAGGCUAUUGCUGUUGGAGCCUUGUCUGGUGGUUUCACUGCUGUUAUGACAACUCCUUUUGAUGUGAUUAAAACUAGAAUGAUGACGGCUCCUCAAGGCGUUGAUUUGUCUAUGUGGAUGGCUGCUUAUUCUAUUUUGACGCAUGAGGGCUUUCUUGCUUUCUACAAAGGAGCUGUUCCCAGGUUCUUCUGGACUGCUCCUCUUGGAGCUUUGAACUUAGCUGGCUACGAGCUUCUUCAAAAGGCUUUCGUCACAGUACCUCUUGAUCAAUCUGUGCAUAGCGAUUGACAUUCAUUUUUAGUAUACCACUACCAACGCAUUUGUAUUCACUCUUGAAAACAGCUCUGUCUUUCUUUUCUUGUGAAUUAUUUAGAGAUCUAGAUUUCCUUUGCCAAAUACAGAGAAACAGUUUGUAAGAUUAAGCCUAGGACCAUGAUAUGGUGAUUAUUAUCACUAACCAAGAGGAAAAAUGUUUGAUGAGAAGAUUCAUA